AUUGCAUCAGAAAUUUCAGAGAACGUGAAGGAUCUCUCGCGAAUCAGUCGACAACCCGUCAGCAAGUCUGCAUACAAAGAAUUCGCGAUGCAGUCCGACGGAAAGAUUCGCAAGUGAUCGCGAGUAUUGCGCGAGAGUGCAGUGUCAUCUUUCCCGUUGAACGUCUCGCAAGCGAUUCUUUAUUACAGAAUGGAUCACUGCUUUCCGUGACCGAAAAUCAUUGUAGAAGUGCUUGCGAUGCCUCGACUGAAGAUGCAUCGGCAAUGAGAUGCAGGAACAUCGUCAUCCAGCAACGCGCAAAUUUCUCACAUGCUAAAAUACGUCGGCGCUGUGUAAAUAAGAAAAGAAAUACAACAAGAGAAGGCUUACCACGAUUCGCCCAGAGGUCUCAAUACGACAUCCUGUAUCUGCGGGAAGAUGUCAUUCUUUUAGAUUUUAUUUUAUACGACGAGAGAGAAAUGUAUCUGCACGCUGCUUCCGGCCGAACAAAGCAUUUCCGCAUUUUGAGUCUCAACAAACUUUUUUUUAUGGGAACAAUUUCUGAGAUCUCUAGUGAGAGUAAAAAAAAAAAAGUUUGCUGAGAUUCAAAGUGCGGAAAUGCUCCGUUCAGUCGGAAGUUGCAGCGCGUAUACAUUACAGAAGUAUA